AGUUUUGCAACGCGCGGUUUGAAAAAGCACGUGAUCAAAUGAAGCUUUUGACGUCAUUGAUUAUAUACUUCUGAUAAAGCGAUACACGCAUCCGCACACUGCUUCAAAGCAUGCCUCGGAGCUCCGUAUCACUACAAAAGCCGUGAGGAGCGCCCAUCUCAAAUCGAAUAGUAAUCUACGCUCGGUCAUGUUGUCAACAAGGCAGCAUAUGGUGCAUCGUCCAGAAACAUACAUCACGUUCCGAUUAAAUAUGUUUGAAUUAAAAUUCGUUUUCAUUGGGAAGGCAGAUAAAGUACUUUUGCAUGAGAAAACAAAGAAUCAUACUCAUUACUCCAUGUGCUAAUUACCUCACUUUUGUUUUGAACAGACUUCGCCGUGGGCUUUGAACCGACACUUUGCCCACGCCCGGUAGGCAGCCCAGAUCCAAAACGAAUGCAAUCAACUUUUCCCCAAUGCAAAAUUUACCCGGACAAGAAUAAAUUAAUCCUCUCAUUGAAUGAAUAUUGACAUCCAUUCAAAUCUCAUCGACUGUGGCCUUUUCUCAAAUGUUCCUUCUCGCGUCCUCUCUCCUAGCCUCCUUCUCAAAACCCAUUGGAGGAGAAGCUCAAAGGGCGGGACCUCUGGCUUUCUCAUCCAAUUGGUUUUGAGAAGGAGGCGACGAGCAAGGACGCGAGGAAAAUAAAAUUGAGAAUAGGCCUGCCCCUGUGUGCUCGAGCGAUUAUGAAGUAACAAAGAAACGAAUGCGGUGGGUUGUUACAAUUUUAUCGGUAACAUUUUAUCAAUAUCAAGCGGGGUUUUUUGUACGCGAAAGAACUUUGCGAGUGUCCUGUGGCGUUGACAUUCUUCACAAUUGUCGCUUCGAAGUUGACUUCUCGACGACUCACACCAUCUGUUGUACUGAUCUUACAACUUUGAACCAGAAGCACAACAACAGACUGAAGAUGUUGCUUUCCUAAGAACCAACAGGAGUGUCGUUGGCGGCCCCCUUUUGAAAGCGGCGUUGUGGAGUCGGCCACCGACAGGAGUGUGUCAUCACCGCUCCCUGUGGUUCCCCUGGUUACUGCACCCGAAAAAUCCGCUUUAAUGAAGUAACGCCGGGGCGACAGAAGACCGAAACCGACCCAAACUAACACCUUCCUCCCUCCCCCUUUCUCGCCGACACCAUGGGUCAGAAGAUCUCUGGCGGUGUCAAGUCAGUGGAUAGUCGUGGCGAGGGUGGCUCGCCCUCCUUCCGCCCGUCGACCCACCGCCGGCACCUCCACCCCGAGCUGCGGGGCCCUGACUUCUACAAGCCGCCGCGGCUGGACCUGCUGCUGGACAUGCCCCCCGCGCCCCCUGACCUCCAGCUCCGCCAUGCCUGGAACCCGGAGGACCGCUCGCUCAACGUUUUCAUCAAGGAGGAGGAUAAACUGACCUUCCACCGCCAUCCUGUAGCGCAGAGCACCGACUGCAUCCGUGGCAGAGUGGGCUACACGCGGGGUCUCCACGUCUGGCGGAUCCACUGGCCGGCGAGACAGCGAGGGACACACGCUGUGGUGGGAGUAGCCACGGCCGACGCCCCCUUACACUCGGUCGGCUACACGGCACUAGUAGGCAGUGACUCGGAGUCCUGGGGGUGGGACUUGGGCAGGAACCGACUGUACCAUGACAGUAAGAACCGGGCCCAGGUUUCCCUACCUUCAUAUCCGUGUUUCUUAGAGCCAGAGGAGGCUUUCGUGUUGCCGGAUGCUCUUCUAGUGGUGUUGGAUAUGGACGAGGGCACGUUGAGUUUCAUGGUGGACGGACAGUACCUCGGUGUGGCAUUCAGAGGCCUGAAGGGGAAGAAGCUGUACCCGAUCGUCAGUGCUGUGUGGGGCCACUGUGAGAUCAGCAUGAGAUACGCCAACGGACUGGAUCAACUUGGGGGACAAAUACGUUUGGGAAGCCUGCUUUGAAGGGUGCAUGGAACUUUGCAUUGCGUCAUUAUAGGAUGCUUUCCUGGAAUAGCUACAAUUACUGUUCAGAACAUCAGAGGGCAGAUACAGACGCCAAACAGAACCAUAUCUGCCUACAGUAUCUUGUUCUGUCAUUAUCUACCCAUAAAGAGGGAGUGUGGACACUGAAGUCAUUUAGCUUCGCAAUGAACAGGGUUCUUUGUUUACUGCGCUGUCGAUGUCACGUUUAAUUUGGUAACAUACAGCCAUAUCACUUUGCGAUAUAACGCAUUGUAUGAUAGUAUAGAAGCAGUAUAUCAAUUCCAAAUGAUGAAGGAUUAAAAACACGUUAAGACUUCUGUGGUGGUCUUAUAUCUAGGGCUGUGAUGGUCAUGGACUUUUUGAUGACGGUUAAACUUUUUUGUUUUAAAUGCACAUUUUUCUCCUCCGCUCCUGACUGUGCUGCCAUGGAAAAAUAAUGGGCAUCAAUCACCAUUCAAGUCAAUGAUGGCAUAGUGGGUGGACUAGCGGUCAUUGCGAGUGUACCCAUAGGAAAAAGCAGGAAGUAAAAUAUUUAUUUAUUCAACUGACAUUACAAAGUUAACAUCAGCCACAUCCAGUUAAAAUCAUUUGAAUGAAUAUUCUACUUUAACUUGGAAAUUGCAUGACAAUACCAGGGCAGCCUUUGCGAGUGUACCCAAGAGUUUACCAGUCAAAUUGACAGAAUUGAAGUUCCAAGCCCGUACUAUUUCUGACUGAUGCAUUGUGCGGGUUGUUGCCAUGGCAACCGAAGACUCAUUUGCUUGUUUCAGGAAGGAGUAACCGAGUUGCAUCACAUUAAGAGUCCAUGUUAUGGCCGAAACGGAUGCCCGGCUGUCUCCCUUGCACACACAGUAUACAGUGCAUUCGGGAAAGUAUUCACACCCCUUGACUUUUGUUACGUUAGUCUUAUUCUAAAAUAGAUUAAAUAAAAAAUACAAAUCCUCAGCAUCUAAACAUAAUACUCCAUAACGACAAAGCAAAAACUAGUUUGUAGAAAUGUUUGCAAAUGUAUAUAAAAAAAAUUAAAAAACUUGUAUCACAUUUAGGUAUUCAGCCCCUUUACUCAAUACUUUGUUGAAGCCCUUUGGCAGCGAUUACAGCCUCGAGUCUUCUUGGGUAUGGAAGGUGAACCUUCACCCCAGUCAGGUCCUUAGCAGGUUCUCAUCAACGAUCUCUGUACUUUGCUCCGUUCAUCUUUCCCUCGAGCCUGACUAGUCUCCCAGUCCCUGCCGCUGUAAAACGUAGGGAUGGUGCCCGGUUUCCUCCAGACGUGACGCUUAACAUUAAAGCCAAAGAGUUCAAUCUUGGUUUCAUCAGACCAGAGAUUCUUGUUCCUCAUGGUCUGUGAGUCCUUUAGGUGCCUUUUGACAAACUCCAAGCGGGCUGUCAUGUGCCUUUUUGCUGAGGAGUGACUUCAGUCUGGCCUAAAGGCCUAAUUUGGUGGAGUGCUGCAGAGAUGGUUGUCCUUCUGGGAGGUUCUCCCACCUGGUGCUCUGUCAGUGACCAUCGGGUUCUUGAUCACCUCACUGACCAAGGCCCUUCUCCCCCGAUUGCUCAGUUUGGCCAGGCGGCCAGCUCUAGGAAGUCUUGGUGAUUCCAAACUUCUAUUUAAAAAUGGAGGCCACUGUGUUCUUGGACCUUCAAUACUGCAGAAAUGUUUUGGUACCCUUCCACAGAUCUGUGCCCCGACACAAUCCUGUGUCGUAGCUGUACGGACAAUUCCUUCGACCUCAUGGCUUGGUUUCUGCACUGACAUGCACUAUCAACUGUGGGACCUUAUAUAGACAGGUGUGUGUGUGUGUGUGUGCCUUUCCAAAUCAUGUCCAAUCAAUUGCAUUUACCACAGGUGGACUCCAGUCAAGUUAUAUAAACAUGUCAAGGAUGAUCAAUGGAAACAGGAUGCACCUGAGCUCGUUUUCAAGUCUCAUAGCAAAGGGUCUGAGUACUUAUGUAAAUAAUGCAUUUGUUUAUUUUUUAAUAGAUUUGCUAAUGUUUCUAAAAAACUGUUCGCUUUGUCAUUGUGUGUAGAUUGAGGAUUUAAAAAAAUAUUAAAUCUAUUUUAGAAUAAGGCUGUAACGUAACAACAUGGACAAAGUGAAGGGGUCUGAAUACUUUCUGUGUGUCUAUUCUCAGCAAAAAAAGAAACAACCCUGUCUUUCAAAGAAUUCAUAAAAACCCAAAUAACUUUACAGAUCUUCAUUGUAAAGGGUUUAAACAUUGUUUCCCAUGCUUGUAGGCAAUUAAGGUCACAGCUAUGAAAACUUAGGACACUAAAGAGGCCUUUCUACUGACUCUGAAAAACGCCAGAAGAAAGAUGCCUAGGGACCCUGCUCAUCUACGUGAACGUGCCUUAGGUAUGCUGCAAGGAGGUAUGAGGACUGCAGAUGUGGCCAGGGCAAUAAAUUGCGAUGUCUGUGCUGUGAGACGCCUAAGACGGGGAGACAGGACGUACAGCUGAUCGUCCUCACAGUGGCAGACCACAUGUAACAACACCUGCACAGGAUCGGUACAUCCAACCAUCACACCUGUGGGACAGGUACAGGUUGGCAACAACUGCCCGAGUUACACCAGGAACGCACAAUCCCUCCAUCAGUGCUCAGACUAUCCGUAAUAGGCUGGGCGAGGAUGGGCUGAGGGCUUGUAGGCCUGUUGUAAGGCAGGUACAAACCAGACAUCACCGACAACAACAUCCCCUAUGGGCACAAACCCACUGUCGCUGGGCCAGACAGGACUGGCAAAAAGUUUCAACUUUAAACUUUCAACUUUCAAAGACUUGUUUAAACUCCCCCCUCCCCCUCACACACACCUGCAAAGA